AGACCCUGAGGCUUAAUGCCUGGUGGCAGCCUUCCUUCUCUGAGGCUGACUUUGGUUCCUGACUUUGUGGCUUCUCUUGCCAGACUUCAGGGGACAAGGAGAGCCACUUCCUACAACUCUGCUGCCAAAUGUGGGAAGUGUGGACCUGGCUACCCUACCCCCCUGGAGGCCAUGAAAGGACCCAGGGAGGAGAUUGUCUACCUGCCCUGCAUUUACCGAAACACAAGCACUGAGGCCCCGGAUUAUCUGGCCACUGUGGAUGUUGACCCUAAGUCUCCCCAGUAUUGCCAGGUCAUCCACCGGCUGCCCAUGCCCAACAUGAAGGACGAGCUGCAUCACUCAGGAUGGAACACCUGCAGCAGCUGCUUCGGAGACAGCACCAAGUCACGCACCAAGCUGGUGCUGCCUUGCCUCAUCUCCUCCCGAAUUUAUGUGGUGGACGUGGGCACCGAACCCCGUGCCCCAAAGCUGCACAAGGUCAUCGAGCCCCAGGACAUCCAUGCCAAGUGUGACCUGGGCUACCUACACACCAGCCACUGCCUGGCCAGUGGGGAGGUGAUGAUCAGUGCCCUGGGAGAUCCCAAGGGCAACGGCAAAGGGGGGUUUGUGCUGCUGGAUGGAGAGACCUUUGAGGUGAAGGGGACAUGGGAGAGGCCUGGAGGUGCUGCUCCCUUGGGCUAUGACUUCUGGUACCAGCCUCGACACAAUGUCAUGAUCAGCACCGAAUGGGCGGCUCCCAAUGUCUUACGAGAUGGCUUCAACCCCGCUGACGUACAGGCAGGGCUGUAUGGGAGCUGCUUACACGUGUGGGACUGGCAGCGCCACGAGAUGGUGCAGACCCUGCAUCUGCAGGAUGGGCUCAUCCCCCUGGAGAUCCGAUUCCUGCACAACCCGGCUGCUUCCCAGGGCUUCAUAGGCUGUGCCCUGGGCUCCAACAUCCAGCGCUUCUACAAGAAUGAGGGAGGUACUUGGUCGGUAGAGAAGGUGAUCCAGGUGCCCCCCAAGAAAGUGAAGGGCUGGAUGCUGCCUGAAAUGCCAAGCCUCAUCACUGACAUCCUGCUGUCCCUGGACGACCGCUUCCUCUACUUCAGCAACUGGCUGCACGGGGAUCUGCGACAGUAUGACAUCUCCGACCCAAAGAGGCCCCGCCUCGCAGGACAGCUCUUCCUCGGGGGCAGCAUUGUUAAGGGUGGCCCCGUGCAAGUGUUGGAGGACCAGGAGCUAAAAUCCCAGCCAGAGCCCCUGGUGGUCAAGGAUCUGUCUGUAUCCCUGGGGUCUGACCCCUGGUUUUCCCAAGGGGAAACGAGUAGCCGGAGGCCCUCAGAUGAUCCAGCUCAGCCUGGAUGGCAAGCGUCUCUAUGUCACUACGUCGCUGUACAGUGCCUGGGACAAGCAGUUUUACCCCGAUCUCAUCAGGGAAGGCUCUGUGAUGCUGCAGAUCGAUGUAGACACAGAGAAGGGAGGGCUGAAGUUGAACCCCAACUUCCUGGUGGACUUUGGGAAGGAGCCCCUUGGCCCAGCUCUGGCCCAUGAGCUUCGCUACCCUGGGGGCGACUGCAGCUCUGACAUCUGGCUCUGAAGGCCACCCCUCCUAGCCCCCUUCCACGUUCUGAGCCAUCCUUUCCACAGGGACCUGGCCUCAUUCUGCUCUCUUGCCCCACCCCCACUCCCCACCCUUGGCAGCUUAUCCUACUAAAGCCAGACUCAGGCUCUUGACACUCUUGAGCUGUGUCUCCAUUUACCUGCCACUGUUUUGAGCUGCUCCCUGUGCUGUUUUUACAUGAGUUCUUGGAAAUUAUUUCACCAAGAAAUAAACUGGUGAACCUCU